UAAUCAACAAUGUCUGAAAUUUCUAAGAUGGCCUUCCCUCCGUCAUCGUUAUCACAAUCUGUCGCCGAACCUGCCGCGCCCGAGCAGAGGGAUAGCCUAUAUGCCAGCCGCAUGGUUGCCUCCGACUGCCCCUCUAUUAAUUUGUCUAAACAAUCACAGGCUCGCAAUCCUGCUACAACUCGAGCAGUAGGUUCUGAUGGCAAUCAGAAUGAGCUUGAUCGAAGGUCAUCAUGUCGUUCGUUGCCGGAGACGGCUGUGAUAUUCGACUGGGAUGAUACUCUUCUGCCAUCUUCUUUUGUAACAAAUCCAAGAGAACCAUUUGCUGAAAAAUUAGCAGCCGCGCGUCUUCUUCAAACACAAGUUCUGAAGUUAUUGGGACGAGCCCUCUCGUUAUCCCAUCGUUAUGUGUUUAUUCUAACCAGCAGUGGGCCUGGCUGGGUACAGCAAUCUUGUAUGUUGUAUUACCCGCAAGUGCUCCCUUUGCUAUCUAAGGUCACUAUUGUGCAUGCUGACGAGUUCUGUCGGGAGUUCGCCAUGGUAAACCUGCAAUUUCGUCAGUAUUGCAAUUCUGGGUAUUGUCGAUCACCGAAGCUCGCUUCAGUUUUAGCGAUACUUCCCGCGUUGCAACCAGAGCCCCAAAGAGUGGUGCUUAUUGGUGAUCAAUAUGCGGACGUGUCUAUCGCUGAGGCUCUACGCCAACGUGGUGGGGAUAUCAGAACAUGCCUAUUCGCAGUGGAACCAACAGCAAGAGAGCUUGGGCGUGAGCUGGAGUGGCUGUUGGAUGGAGACAUGUUCGGUCGUUUAUGUGUUGACAACGAGCUAAGGCAACGCAACUUCGCUUUGAAGCGGAGUAGUGGAACUAGCGAGCGUUCGACGGAAGACGGAGGCUCUGAACGGUCGUCCUCUUUCAGCAGUGAGACUGAUCAUCUUGGCGAGGAUCCCUCUAUGGGGUGCGACGCGCUCAAGAGAGAGGCGGAGCACAUCGAUGAGGAGAAAUCAAGGAGAUGUGUCAGUACUGGCGUCACUGAGGAGGUUCAUCGUGGGGAGGAUCUACCUUGAGAAGAUUAGGUAGUACCAAUGAUAGAAAUCUCUUCGCGGCGGUGACCAUGAAGGAGAUGUCGCUUUUGAAUAUCUAUUGACCACUAUCACAUAUCCAGACCAUUUGCUCAAGGUCUAUCAUUGAUGUCAUUAUCUAUCGUAAACUACUACUCUGAGAGAUGAUAUUUGCUGAACUAGGAUCACAGUACAUUAUGAGUGAAGUUGAUGUUGUUCAGCACAUCUAUUCAGUAGUCGUCAAUUCGGCUGCACACUAGUUAUCAUUGCAGCACUUUUUGGUAUAUAUAUUCCCGAUGUUUAUAAGUCUGCGUUGAGGUUGGGCUCGUCUAGAGGGCGCUCCCCAUCGUUUUUGUGUCUAUACUAUUAUUCUUCGGCACGGUGAACUCGAUUCAUCGUAGCAUAUGCAUCUGGGGUAUCAAUUUAGCGUUAACCUUUUCCUGGUAGUCUUCUUGUAGCUUGAUGGGGUAGUAGUUGAAAUAGUCGGGCAUUUGCGGGGCCUGGCAAAAGUUAACUCGCACUUCACAGCCAGCUUUUUUAUAGUCAUGAUUGGUGACCAUGAUCCUAGGAGUGAUCCCGCAAGGUUGCGGCACCUGUUGUUGAGUGCUCGCCGUCGUUCGUUCGCCUCUAGUAUUACGAAGUAUCGCUUGAUGAGGUAUCUCUCGGGCUCGCGGAUGGUUGGAUCUAUGCCGAAGUCGGCACUCGGUACAUUG